UAACAAUGAAAGUAACAGAGGACAAACCAGUAAUAACACAAACCUUGGUUUAAGACAAUCUGGAAACCGAAUCCAGAAGCAGAUAGGUUAACCCGUCACAUAAUAAUAACAACCAUUAAUUCAAUUUUUGUAUGACAUCGUAUCUUAUUCAUUCUGUAGAAUCAUUUUUGUCUCAAGAACUACAUUUGUUCCACUUUUUUUUUGGUGAAUGUGUCGCUCAAUUUCGUGGAUUAGUUGAAGUUGGACAUUGUCACCGUUGGAUACAAGCUCAAUGGUGCUCACGUGCGAGACUGAUAGGUCUUUGGUUCAAAUCUUGCAAGGCGAGAUCGUGGAUACACAUAGCUGAGGCGUCUCACAAUCGGAUAAAACAAUCGUCCAGUGCUUCCAGAUUUCCCAUGAUAAGAAAUAUUAAGGAACAUGAAAUAUUUUGAGUAUAUUGGAAAAUUGAUUUUCUUUCUUGUUUCUUAGUAUGAAGCCAAAAAGAAAAUUUGGUUAAACAGUAGUGAAAUAGAAAAAAGGUGAUAAAUUUUAUUUGAAUAAGUGAACUUACUUACUUAUGCCUGUUAUCUCUCAUGGAAGUGGAUAGGCCGACCACCAGAACUCUCUAUCCAACUCUGUUCUGGAUAACCCUUUCCAGUUCUUCACAGUUUCUAUUUAUCAAUUUGAUGUCUGUUUCCAAUUCCCG